AUACGUGUUCUUAGCUAUCUAAAAGCAAAGGCUGAAAAAUAAACUUCGAUGAAAAAAACCUCAAAAUCAUCUCCAAAUUUAAGGUUAAAAGUUCAAAAUUUGGCUGAUAAGUAUAAGCAUAAACGAAAAGAUAAGAUCUAAAAUAUAGCAGUGCUGCUACUACCUCCAAUUUAGUAUAGGAUACGAUAUUUUCUAAAACUACGAAUAUCAUGUCCUAUACUAGAUAGUACUUUCUUCAUACCAAAAUAAGUGUAGCUCUCUAGUUCAAAUUACAAUUAGAUGUUCGUACUUUUUUGGAUGAAGGAAUUAACAUUUUGGGACAGAUAUAUUUUAGGAUGAAAGAGAAUAGAGACAAACCAAAAAUGUUAUGGCCGAUAAAGCAUGAAAAAAUAAACUAAGCAACUAAAAAUGGAUGAAAGUUUUUAUAUCUGUCUUCCUAGUGAUCUAAAAGCCAACCCAAAAGCCAGUACUAAGAUGUAAAUUACGAUCCUCAAAAUCAACUAUAAAUAAAAUGAAGUUACAAAAUUCAAAUUUUGGGUGAGUUUCAAAUUGCAUAAAUCUGAAAAGUUUAGCCCAAACUAUGAACUGAACAUGUUAAAACUGGAGAAAUUAGUAGAGAGUAAUACUAACAAAGCCAAUAUUUUUCAGGCAUUCUUCCAUGUGUGCUGUGUGCAUCUGAAGUUCUGAACUUCAGAAGUGGGUAAGUGGUAACUAGUAACUAGCCCCUUUGUCGAAGAAUCUACAGUCCAGUCCCUGCCCGAAAUGUAGGAAUCUUUGCAGUUACAAGGUUCUGAAACUACCCAGCCGAGGAAUCCCUGGUCGGCAAUCUGAAUUGCUGAGCUAUCAUCUUCUGAUCGAUGAUAUAUAUGCAGAUGCAGGAGUAACUGUAUUUCCAAAUCUGCAGACUGCAAGAAGCCCUCGUUUUCACAUGCUCUGCUUCUUCUUGGGUUCUUGUUCUGGUUCUGGUUCGCCUUCAUGGUGUUGGCCUGAUAAGAUUUUUCCAUUACUCUCUCAGCUGCACUGAGAAACAAGGGCCCUGUCCCAAGAUGCUGCCAUGGCUGCCUGUUCGAGUCACUUGCAUCAGAAUUCAGAAACUGGUCGAGUUCCAUUGAUUGCGAGAUAGCUCUGUCUGCCAUGCACAUGCUCCAACUCCAAUUGCAAGAUAAUGUUCGGAUCUUUAUCCAGUAAUGAUAGUUAAGCCGGUUCUUGCAAGUGGCCACUUCCUAUAAACUGUGAGCCUGGCAGCUCUGGAUGUUACGUUGCUCGUCGUCGUCGUCGUUGUCGGAGUCGCCAUGUCGUCGGCGGCGCGCCACCAUUGCUCCGGUCUCCGGGAGCGGCUAGGCUGCGUGCAGUGCAGCUUCUGCGCCACCGUGUUGCUGGUGAGCGUGCCGUGCAGCAGCGUGCUCAGGGUGGUGGCCGUGCAGUGCGGCCACUGCUCCGGCAUCCUCUCCGCCGUCAACCUGCCGCCGUCGCCGGUGUCGGCGUCCAUCGAGCUGACUCCACAGGAGCUGGACGCUGGUCCGCCGCCGGGGGAGUACUCGGAUGAGAGCAGCGGAGACGAUAGGGAGGGAAGAGAUGCAGAGGACGAUGCACCUGCACCUGCUGCUGCUGCUGUUGCAAACAAGCCGCCAGGGAGGAAGCAGCGGACGCCGUCUGCCUACAACUGUUUCGUCAAGGAAGAGAUAAAGAGGAUCAAAAGCAUGGAGCCUAACAUCACCCACAAACAAGCAUUCAGCACAGCUGCUAAAAACGUAAGAAUUAGGCAAAACAAUCCAUUCGCGCCAAAAAUCCCUUCAUAUGAUAAGCAAAAUAUCAUUUGUUGCUGAUGCAGUGGGCUCACUUACCCAGAAUCCAGCAGAAGCGAGGCAGGGAUAGCUGCUGAACUACACCUGCAAAACAAGGCAAACGAAAUUAAUGGGCACGAGUACCAGGCAGCAGUGAGCUACUAGGCAGGUUCAGGAAAAAUCCAAGUUGUAGCUGUCCAGAUAAUCUUGUUGCACAUCUCAAGCACGUGCUUCCUGAAUUCUUCUCUUUCAUGUGAUAAAUACAGCAAGUUUUUUUUUCGACUA